AUGGGAGCCGUUCUAGGCCUAUGCUCCGCAGCUCAAUGCGCAUUAUGCUGCACUGGUACAGCUGCCAGUUGCUGCUGUAAUGCUUGCCCCUCUUGCAAGAACUCGACUUCAUCACGUUUUAUGUAUGCCUUCAUGCUCCUGGUGGGCACAGUUUUGAGUGCUAUUGCAUUAUCGCCCGGUCUUCAGGAUACGCUUAAAAAGUUACCUUUCUGUAUAAAUUCAACCUCCACAAUAAGCUCUAAGGCACUAUCCUUUUCUGGAAAUCUACAAGUAGACUGUGAAUAUGCACUCGGUUACAUGGCUGUUUAUCGCCUUUGCUUUGGACUCGCAUGUUUCUUUAUGUUGAUGGCACUAAUCAUGUUGGGUGUAAAGAGUUCACGUGAUCCACGCUCGCAUAUACAAAAUGAAUUUUGGGGAUUGAAAUUUCUAAUUUGCUUCGGAGCUGCAAUUGGUGCAAUUUUCAUACCAGAUGGCUCUUUCGGUCCGGCAAUGAUGUGGGUAGGAUUAAUAGGCGGUUUAGCAUUCAUUUUGGUACAAUUGGUGAUAAUUGUGGAUUUUGCCCACUCUAUUGCGGAGAAUUGGAUUGAAAAUGCGGAAAAUAAUAAAGGCUACUUUUAUGCUUUAGUCGGAGUUACGUUAGUAAGUUAUGCCUUAUCCGUAGUAGGCAUUUCGUUGCUGUAUAUUUACUUCACGCAGUCUAGCGGUUGCGGUCUCAACAAAUUCUUCAUUUCGUUCAAUCUUAUACUUUGUCUUAUUGUGAGCAUCAUAUCGGUUUUGCCAGCUGUCCAGGAUCGUUUGCCGCACUCAGGUCUAUUGCAAAGCUCUUUAGUCACAAUCUACACCAUUUACUUGACCUGGUCCGCUGUUGCCAAUAACCCAGAGAAGGAAUGCAAUCCCGGCUUGUAUGGUGUUAUCAGUGGUGUUACAUCUGGAAAUACGACCACUGCACCACCAACACACAACUCCAAAGUAACAUUUGACACAACAAAUAUAAUUGGUCUGGUAGUUUGGUUGUUCUGCAUUCUCUACAAUUGCAUUAGCUCGGCUGUCGAGGUUUCCAAAAUCAACAAUGACGGCGAAAAACGUGUCUUAACAGAAGCUCUCUCAGAUUCAGAAGCCGGCACUGGUGAUGGCAAGAACGGAACCGAUAACGAAAAUGAGGGCGUUACUUAUUCCUGGUCCAUGUUCCAUAUUGUGUUUGUUUGCGCUUCCCUCUACGUCAUGAUGACACUCACCAAUUGGUACAAACCCAAUUCCGACAUUGAGCUCUUCAACGCCAAUGCAGCUUCGAUGUGGAUUAAAAUAAUAUCCAGUUGGCUUGGAGUUUUCAUAUACGGAUGGAGUCUGGUGGCACCUAUAAUACUAACUAACCGUGACUUUAGUUAAAGAGUUUGACGGCAAACAAUUAAUUUCAAGAAGCUGAAUAGAACUUUAGGUUCAGUAACAACUUGACGCUGUCAAGUAUAAAUUACUAUGAUUAGUCAAAAGAUCAAGAGUUGAAGUCAUUACUAACAUUACUUGUCUGUGAGCUACAUAAAUAUUUGAAAUAUAUCUUUUAAUGUGAUGAUUCAAUGAUGAUACUCCUUAUCAAAGUAUAUUAAAUUCUAUAAACAGACAUUCGUACAUAUAUGCAAGCGAAUGCACUUAACCAAUAUAUAUUCAAAAAAUACAAGUGUACUAUAUACAUACCGUAACUUAUUAUAUACAUAAUCAAAAGGAAAUAGUCACAAAGCGCGAACGAUAAAUAUUAAAAUUUCGGUGAACGCCAAUUUAAA